CAAGUCUCUUGGUAUCAACGACUUGAUCGGAUUCGAAUUUAUGGACCCACCGCCAGGAGAGACGCUCAUGAGAGCUCUGGAGUUGCUUUAUGCACUAGGUGCCUUGAACGACCGGGGGGAGUUGACGAAACUUGGUCGACGGAUGGCAGAGUUCCCAGUCGACCCCAUGCUGUCAAAGGCAAUCAUUUCUAGCGAAGACUAUUCAUGUACGGACGAGGUGCUUACAAUCAUAUCUAUGUUAUCGGAAUCGUCGUCCCUGUUUUAUCGACCAAAGGAUAAAAAACUUCAUGCCGACCAAGCACGACAGAAUUUCGUCCGAGCGGGUGGCGAUCAUUUCACAUUACUCAAUGUCUGGGAACAAUGGGCCGAAACAAAUUAUUCACAGCAGUUCUGCUAUGAGCAGUUCCUACAGUUUAAGAGUCUUAGUCGUGCACGAGAUAUUCGGGAUCAGCUGGCAGGAUUGUGCGAGCGCGUAGAGGUAGUUGUACAGGGCAACCCCAAUUCGAAUGAUAUCACGCCAGUACAAAAAGCACUGACUGCUGGUUAUUUCUAUAAUACGGCACAACUCCAAAAGAGCGGUGAUUCGUACAGGACAUUGAAGACGAACCAUACUGUAUAUAUACAUCCCUCCUCGAGUCUAUUCCAGCACCAGCCUCCUGUGAAGAACGUGUUGUAUUAUGAGCUUGUAAUGACAUCGAAGUCCUAUAUGAGACAACUGAUGGAAAUCAAACCUGCAUGGUUACUGGAAGGUGUGUAUCCCGAUAACUUUGCAAGGUAUUCACGAGCUGAUCAUGGUUUGACAGUGGCACCACAUUAUUUCAAGCCUGCGGACCUUGACCAACUGGCAACUGGGGACAAAAAGAUGCCCAAGGUCGUUGGUGCAUCCAGCGCUGCGCCCUCGUAGGACCGUGGUAGGCUGUCCUUAUCUGCUUAACGAGAUGCCAAGGGCGUGCACAUUUUGCUCUCACGUUUGCUGUCAGGUCCAUGUAUCAGUAUGUUGUUACCC